AUGACCGUACAGUUCGCAAGCUAUUUACGAUAUUCACUUGCGUUAGCUUCUUCGAUCGUUUUGACCGUAACCAUUUUGACCGAUUCAAGGUUUCUACGAAGUGAUAUCAAAUUCCGAACGCCAAGUGUCAAUGAAUUAGAACCCAGUGAAUUAAAUGGUAUUAAUCGUUGUUAUAAGUCACCCAGUGCACACGGUUCAAUUAGUUAUUUUGAAGAUAUUUUGGAUGCGGAAAAACAGCCUACGGUGGGCAAAGCCAUUUUUUUCCACGAAACUACGUGCUCAGAGACAGGCAUCGUGAAACUUAACGCGAAGCAAGCAUGUGCCAUUGAGUCAGCUGCUCGGCUGAAUCCAACCCGUGAUAUAUUUGUGAUAUUUGCAUCUCCAGUUGGAGUUAGAGAAAAUGAAAUGUUGCCACAAUUCUACAACAAACUUCAGACCUAUGGCAACAUUUAUGUUCGAAAUAUGAAUUUAUGGCGAUAUUCAUUCAAAACACCAUUGACCGAUUGGCUCAAGAGCAAUAAACUCUUUGAGUCAGCAUUCCUAUUCGAACAUAUGUCAGAUAUAGUGCGUGCAAUUACACUGUACAAAUACGGCGGCUAUCACAUGGAUUUGGAUGUGAUCGUUCAGAAAAAUAUCGACGAUUUGGGCGAGGACUUUAUCGGCGAUGACUGGGCAACGGUUGUAAAUGGUGCCGUUUUGCAUUUGAACAAUUACGGCAUCGGUCGUGAGAUUUCACAACGAUUUUUUGGAGAAGUGAUAAAAAAUUUCAACGGAACAUCGUUCAUAGCGAAUGGGCCGAAGAUGUUGACACGAAUCCUGGAGGAUAUAUGCUCAACAGAGGAUCGAACACUGUGGACACGACGUCAAUGCCAAGGCCUAACCAUUCAUCCCAAAGAAACAUUUUAUCCAAUUUCAUGGUCAAAUUACACGUUGUAUUUUGAGCCAGAAAAAUUGGAUGAAGCUCUGAAAAUCAUUGAAAAUUCAACAGUCAUUCAUGUGUGGAACGAUCGCAGUAAAGAUAUUUGGAAUAAAUUCGGUAUAAAUAAUGCUUAUCAAUGUAUACUAGUGGCCAACUAA